UGUAUAUGUUCCUAAAUUACUCAUGUGUGAGCACAGAUAUCCACAUCAAUGUUGAUCAGCUUGGACUGAAAACCAGAAGUGAUCCUCGACUCUGGGGAGAAUCAAACAAAAUGUCUGUCUGACAGUUACAGGUAGCUGACCGUCCUUUCUAACUGUCUCCUUACUUUGUUUGUUUGUCUCUCCUGAUGAUGCGCCGCUGCUUAAAACUAAUGAAACCAUCUUCAUCAUAACAAAGUCUAUAUUUUAAAAUGAACUAUUUCCUUUUGGUAUCUUUUGGAUCUUUGCAGGGACAAAAAAUGGCGACACCUGAUGAGGAAAUCUUAUCAAUUUUAGAAGAUUUGGGAGAUGAGGACUUUGAAAAAUUCAAGUGGUUCCUGCAGGGGAAGCUAGGAGGCAUCGAAGCAAUCCCAAAGAGUCGACUGGAGAAUGCAAACCGGAUUAAAACCGUGGAUCAGAUGAUUCAGACUUACAGUAUAAAUGCGAUUGACGUGGCCAGAACAGUUAAAGAGAAGAUAAAUCAGAAAUUAUCAAACCCCCCCCUCAAACUUGAAGAGAUUCUUCCUCGGUGCCAGCCAAAACUCAAAUUGAAUUUACAAAAGAAGUUCCAGUGUGUGUUUGAGGGGAUCGCUAAAGCAGGAAACGAGACCCUUCUGAAUGACAUCUACACAGAGAUCUACAUCAUAAAGGGAGGGAAUGCAGAGGUCAAUAAGGAACAUGAGGUCAGGCAGAUUGAAACAGCAUCCAGGAAACCAGACAGACCAGAAACAAGAAUCAGACAAGAAGACAUCUUUAAAGCCUUACCUGGAAGAGCUAAACCAAUCAGAACAGUGCUGACAAUGGGAGUGGCUGGCAUUGGGAAAACAGUCUUAACACAGAAGUUCACUCUGGACUGGGCUGAAGACAAAACCAACCAGGACAUCCACUUCAUAUUUCCAUUCACUUUCAGAGAGCUGAAUGCGCUGAAAGAGAAAACGUUCAGCUUGGUGGAACUUGUUCAUCGCUUCUUUCCUGAAACCAAAGAAGCAGGAAUCUGCAGGUUUGAAGAGUUCCACGUUGUGUUGAUCUUUGACGGUCUGGAUGAGCGUCGACUUCCUCUGGACUUCCACAACACUGAGGUCCUGACUGAUGUCACAGAGUCCACCUCAGUGGAUGUGCUGCUGACAAACCUCAUCAGGGGGAAACUGCUUCCCUCUGCUCGCCUCUGGAUAACCACACGACCUGCAGCAGCCAACCAGAUCAAUACUGACUGUGUUGACAUGGAGACAGAGGUCAGAGGGUUCACUGACCCACAGAAGGAGGAGUACUUCAGGAAGAGAUUCAGAGAUGAGGAGCAGGCCGGCAGAAUCAUCUCCCACAUCAAGACAUCACAAAGCCUCCACAUCAUGUGCCACAUCCCAGUCUUCUGCUGGAUCUCUGCUACAGUUCUGGAGAAGCUGAUGAAAACCAGAGAAGAAAGUGAGCUACCCAAGACCCUGACUGAGAUGUACAUUGAAUUCCUGGUGGUUCAGAUCAAGCUGAAGAACGUCAAGUAUGAUGGUGGAUCUGAGAGAGAUCCACACUGGAGUAAAGACAGCAGGAAGAUGAUUGAGUCUCUGGGAAAACUGGCUUUUGAUCAGCUGCAGAAAGGAAACCUGAUCUUCUAUAACUCAGACCUGAAAGAGUGUGGCUUCGAUAUCACAGCAGCCUCAAAGUAUUCAGGAGUUUUCACCCAGGUCUUUAGAGAGGAGAGUGUACUGUACCAGGUCAGGGUGUUCUGCUUCAUCCAUCUGAGUGUUCAGGAGUUUCUGGCUGCUCUUCAUGUCCAACUGACCUUCAUCAACUCUGCAGUCAAUCUGAUGGCAGAAAAACAAUCAACCUCCCGACUGUCCAAACUCCUCAGAAAGAAACUGAAACCAAGACAUCUCUACCAGAGUGCUGUAGACAAGGCCUUACAGAGUCCAAAUGGACAUCUUGACUUGUUCCUCCGCUUCCUCCUGGGUCUUUCACUGGAGACCAAUCAAAGACUCCUACAAGAUCUGCUGACACAGACAGGAAGUAGCUCAAAGACCAAUCAGGAAACAGUCCAGUACAUCAAGGAGAAGAUCAGUGAGGAUCUGUCUGCAGAGAGAAGCAUCAACCUGUUCCACUGUCUGAAUGAACUGAAUGAUCGUUCUCUAGUGGAGGAGAUCCAACAGUCCCUGAGAUCAGGAAGUCUCUCCACAGAUGAACUGUCUCCUGCUCAGUGGUCAGCUCUGGUCUUCAUCUUACUGUCAUCACAAACAGAUCUGGAUGUAUUUGACCUGAAGAAAUACUCUACUUCAGAGGAGGCUCUUCUGAGGCUGCUGCCAGUGGUCAAAGCCUCCAACAAAGCUCUGCUGAAUAACUGUAACCUCUCAGAGGAAAGCUGUGAAGCUCUGUCCUCAGUCCUCAGCUCCCAGUCCUCCAGUCUGAGAGAUCUAGACCUGAGUAGCAAUAACCUGCAGGAUUCUGGAGUGCAGCAGCUGGCUUUUGAACUGAGGAGUCCAAACUGUACACUGAAAACUUUCAGAUUAACUGACUGUAACCUGUCAGAGAGAAGCUGUGAAGCUCUGUCCUCAGUCCUCAGCUCCCAGUCCUCUAGUCUGAGAGACCUGGACCUGAGUAACAAUAACCUGCAGGAUUCAGGAGUGAAACAGCUGUCUGUUGGACUGAAGAGUCCAAUAUGUGAACUGAAAACUCUAAGAUUAACUGACUGUAACCUGUCAGAGAGAAGCUGUGAAGCUCUGUCCUCAGUCCUCAGCUCCCAGUCCUCUAGUCUGAGAGACCUGGACCUGAGUAACAAUAACCUGCAGGAUUCAGGAGUGAAACAGCUGUCUGUUGGACUGAAGAGUCCAAUAUGUGAACUGAAAACUCUAAGGGUAACUGGCUGUAACCUGUCAGAGAGAAGCUGUGAAGCUCUGUCCUCAGUCCUCAGCUCCCAGUCCUCUAGUCUGAGAGACCUGGACCUGAGUAACAACAACCUGCAGGAUUCUGGAGUGAAACAGCUGUCUGUUGGACUGAAGAGUCCAAUAUGUGAACUGGAAACUCUCAGUCUGUCAGGCUGUCUGAUCUCAGUGGAAGGCUGUUCUUCUCUGGCCUCAGCUCUGAGCUCCAACCCCUCCCAUCUGAAAGAGCUGGACCUGAGCUACAAUCAUCCAGGAGACUCAGGAGAGAAGCAGCUGAUUGCUCUACGAGAGGAUCCACAUUACAGACUGGAGACUCUCAGGGUGGACCAUGGUGGAGAGCACAGGUUAACACCUGGUCUGAGGAAGUAUUUCUGUCAACUCACACUGGACACAAACACAGCACACAGAGAGCUCGAACUGUCUGAGAACAACAGGAAGGUGACAUGUGUUGUAGAGGAUCAGCCAUAUCCUGAUCAUCCAGAGAGAUUUGACGACUGGCAACAGCUGCUGUGUAGAGAUGGUCUGACUGGUCGCUGUUACUGGGAGGUCGAGUGGAGAGGAUGGGUUAGUAUAGCAGUGAGUUACAGAGGAAUCAGCAGGAAAGGAGACAUUGAUGCCUGUGUGUUUGGAGGAAAUGAUCAGUCCUGGAGUCUGAGCUGCUCUGAUGAUGGUUACUCUGUCUGGCACAAUAACAUUAGAACAGUCCUCUCCUCCUCCUCCUCCUCCUUUGGUAGAGUAGGAGUGUAUGUGGACUGUCCUGCUGGCACUCUGUCCUUCUACAGAGUCUCCUCUGACUCACUGAUCCACCUCCACACCGUCAACACCACAUUCACUGAACCUCUUUAUCCUGGGUUUGGGUUGCACUAUGACUCCUCAGUGUCUCUGAGUCCUCUGUAGGACGGAGACAACUUCCUGUCCUGUGGUUUAAAUGUUGGACAAGGCUUCACUUUUGACUAAUAUAUAAUUCACUGAUUGUUCCUUUAAUAUCAGACAUUUUAUUGUGCAGGAAAAUGUUGAAACGAUCUCCUGAACUUGUUGUGUACAAACUGUGUUGAACAUUUGUUUUUAUGAAUCUUUUUCAGUUUUUAAGACACUGAAUGUUAAAACGGUGUGUUUGAGAUGUCUGACUUGCUGGUGAACUCUUGUGAAGAAACUGAGGCAAAACUUUGACAACUUUGGACCUGUCAUUUUUAGAUAAAGGAGUUUGGGUCUGUUUUUCACCAAAUUAAUGUAUAUUGCCUCAUUUAAAACAUGAAAAUUGAACCAUCAAUAAAAAAAUGUUUUAAGUAAAUAACGUUCUGUCUGUUUUUACACAUUCAGUCACAAACAUCUCUUUCAGUUUUAUUUAAUAAUUUAUUUGUUUUUUCCUUUUAUUUUUUACUCUUAAAUGAAUAAACUUUCCCUCCAGUUUCAAUGCUUUAUUUAAAAAAAAUUUAAACGUACCUUCAUUUUUCUAAAUGAAUUAGAUUAAUAAUAAUAAUAAUAAAGACAUGAAUAAUAGUUUCCUCCAUUAUGAAAAUAAAAAUAAAAAAAUAAACUAUCCCUCCAGCUUUUUUAAUGUUUCUAAAUUAUCUUCAAUAAAUAAGUAAAUAUAAAUAAAAUAAAUAAACGUUCCCUCCUCUCUAAUAUACUUUCAUGUUUCUAAAUAAAUUAUAUUCAGUAAAAAAAAUAUAUAUAUAUACAUGUAUUUCCAGUUAAUGAUUCUAAAUAAUAUUCAAUUAAUACAUAAGUAAA